CCUGCAUCUGUUGUUUUCAGGUAGGUGAAACUGCUGUGGUGAACAGGCUACCGGUUCAUGUUCCUCAGUCAUGGAUGUGAAUGGAAGUGUGACGGUCCUCUCCUCUGCUCUCCUGGCAGUGGACUAUGUUGAUUCAGUUCUGCCAGAGAAUCCCCUGCAACAGCCACUGCAGCAAGCAUGGAACCACAUGCUGCAGAGCUACACCAAGUUCCAGAUUGCUACCUGGGGCUCACUGGUUGUGCAUGAAUUCAUCUAUUUCUUCUUCUGCCUGCCUGGCUUCCUCUUCCAGUUCCUCCCCUUCAUGCAGAAGUACAAGAUUCAGGCGGAUAAGCCCGAGACAUGGGAGAAACAGUGGAGGUGUUUCAAAAUGCUGCUCUUCAAUCACUUCUGCAUCCAGCUGCCUCUGAUCUGUGGAACCUAUUACUUCACUGAGUUCUUCAACAUCCCUUAUGACUGGGACACAAUGCCCCGUUGGCCGCUCCUCCUGGCCCAGUGUUUUGGCUGUGCUGUGAUUGAAGACACCUGGCAUUACUUCCUCCACCGAGCUUUGCAUCAUCGCAGAAUCUACAAAUACAUCCAUAAGGUCCACCAUGAGUUUACUUCUCCCUUUGGAAUGCAGGCUGAAUAUGCUCACCCUCUGGAGACUCUGAUACUGGGGGCUGGAUUCUUCAUUGGCAUCAUGGUCUUCUGCAAUCAUGUGAUACUGCUUUGGGCCUGGGUGACCUUCAGACUCUUGGAGACCAUUGAUGUGCACAGUGGUUAUGACAUUCCUCUGAACCCUCUGCACCUGAUUCCAUUCUAUGCUGGGGCUCGUUUCCAUGACUUCCAUCACAUGAACUUUGUGGGGAACUAUGGGUCCACCUUCACCUGGUGGGACAAGCUGUUCAGCACAGAUGCCCAGUUCCACAAUCAUCAGCAGAAACAGAAACAACAGUGAGGACAGGGCAGUGGAUGUGAGGGGGAAGAUGACAAUGACACAGUAAAUGUGAGAGUGAGUGAGGGAAUGAGUGAGUGAGCGAUUAUGUGAGUGGGUGACGUGUGAGUAUGUUAGUGUGUGAGUGAGUAAACAAGUAUGUGUGAGUGAAUGGAUAUGUUUUGUGGGUGUAUGAGUAUAUUAACAGAGAAGGUUCACAAAUGCACAUUUUUUAUUAUUGUGAGGCUUAACGGAUCUAUGGAUUUGUGUGAUCCUAACAUACCUAACACACACACGCCAUCUUCAGACCUCAUAAUAAACAAACAGAAAUGCUUACUGCUGAGAAGCAUGGACACAGAAGUUUGCAGUGGCGUGAUUUCUGAGCACUUUACAAAUAACCUGAUUUUUCAUUUUGUUUCAUAUUUCCCCCCUUGAUUAAAUUUGUUUAGAUUUUUUUCAUGCAUUGCCUUUUGUAUUUGACUUCAGUUAUGCCUCAAUUUUUCAGAGGGAAUGGUAGGCCCCACAACCUGUUUAAACCUGUACCCUAGGUCCUACCCCAACCCAUGACUUUGUGAAUGUGGACUGGUCACUUUCCUACCCAAAAGUUUAAUUUUGUUUUAUUGCCUUUAAAUGAAAAUAAAAACUUGGAACCCGUUUAAA